AUGAUUCUCCAACUACGUGUCAAAUCUUCUUCGGGUCACGAUCUGAAGCCGAUCGCUGCUGUAGAAUCAGUUUCCUGCUGCGCAAGCUCUCGACCUUUCCCUCUCUCUCACUCACUUCGAGCAAUAGUGAAUAUGGAGAAUCAAGGUUAUCCGAAUUUUCAAGCUAGGCCUCCUCCGUCCUCCUCCUCUCCAUUUGCAUCUGCUCCGCCGCCAGGUGUUCGACCUCAAUCCGGUGGGCCAGAGACGGUUGGCUUUAGACCACCUACAAGGCCUUUCACACCUUCUGCUCCUCCUGUGGCUCCACCAGUGGGUGCAAUGAGGCCUUUCCAGUCUCCUUUGGUUUCUCAGAUUCCAGGUCAAGGGAUUAGACCUCCACCUCCACCGCCAUCUUCAAAUUCGUUUCCAUCUACAACUUAUGGUCCUCCUGGUGGUGGCUCUUUUCAGCGUUUUCCAACUCCUCCUCCUCCUAGUGGUCCACCACCACCUCAAACUCUCGCAGGUCACUUAUCGCCUCCAAUGUCUCUUCGCCCACAGCAACCAAUGGGGCCUCCGCCACAAAGUAUGACUUCUGGGGUGCCUGGAGGAUAUGCUUCUCCUCCCCCUGCACCUGGUUUUCAACAGUCCAUGCCUCCAGUUAAUCCGUCUUAUCCUGGUGUUGGUGGUCCGCCGCAGCCAUCUUUUCCUGGUUAUCCCAGCAACCAGGUCUUACAGGGUCCCCCGUCAUCAUAUCCUCCUCAGACAGGAGGUUUUGCUCAGCAUCCAGGACAGCAGAACAUGCAUCCGAGCUAUGCACCUCCGACCAGCACCGUACAAGCCUUGGCCGAAGAUUUCAAUUCGCUGUCCCUUACCAAUAUUCCGGGUUCGCUUGAGCCAGGACUUGAUCGAGCCUCGUUUCCAAGGCCGUUGGAUGGUGACGUGGAGCCAAAUUCGUUUGCUGAAAUGUACCCUAUGAAUUGCCAUUCUAGAUACCUACGUCUGACAACUAGCGCUAUACCAAGUUCCCAGUCUCUGGCGUCGAGGUGGCAUUUGCCUCUAGGAGCUGUGGUUUGUCCACUUGCUGAGGCUCCUGAAGGGGAGGAAGUACCACUUAUUGAUUUUGGUUCAAGUGGCAUCAUCCGCUGCAGAAGAUGCCGUACCUAUGUGAAUCCUUAUGUGACGUUUACAGAUUCUGGAAGAAAGUGGCGGUGUAAUAUUUGUUCUAUGCUUAAUGAUGUGCCGGGUGAAUAUUUCUCACAUUUGGAUGCUACUGGCCGAAGAAUGGACAUGGAUCAACGGCCUGAGCUGACAAAGGGCAGUGUUGAAAUCAUUGCUCCAACAGAAUACAUGGUUCGGCCUCCGAUGCCACCCAUCUACUUCUUCCUCAUUGAUGUUUCAUUUUCGGCUGCUAAAAGUGGGAUGCUUCAGGUUGCUGCUCAGACGAUUAAGUCUUGUUUGGAUAACCUGCCUGGUUAUCCCAGAACUCAAAUUGGAUUUAUUACUUAUGACAGCACGUUACAUUUUUACAACAUGAAGUCGUCUUUGAGCCAACCGCAAAUGAUGGUGGUUUCAGAUCUAGAUGAUAUAUUUGUACCAUUGCCGGAUGAUCUCCUUGUCAAUCUAUCUGAAUCUAGAAAUGUGGUGGAAGCCUUUUUAGACAGUCUGCCUCUGAUGUUUCAAAAUAAUGUCAAUGUGGAAUCGGCUUUUGGUCCAGCCCUCAAAGCGGCGUACAUGGUUAUGAACCAACUUGGUGGCAAGUUGUUAAUUUUCCAGAACUCGUUACCUUCUCUGGGUGCUGGGCGGCUAAAGUUGCGCGGAGAGGAUCCUCGUGUCUAUGGAACUGACAAAGAAUAUACGUUAAGGGUAGCGGAAGACAACUUCUAUAAGCAAAUGGCUGCCGAUUGUACCAAGUUCCAGAUAGGAAUUAACGUGUAUGCAUUCAGUGAUAAGUACACUGAUAUUGCCUCCUUAGGGACUCUGUCAAAAUACACUGGAGGACAGGUGUACUAUUAUCCAGGCUUCCAAUCAUCUAUUCAUGGAGACAAGUUGAGACACGAACUAGCUAGAGACCUUACAAGGGAAACUGCCUGGGAAUCCGUUAUGAGAAUAAGAUGUGGAAAAGGAAUUCGUUUCUCUUCCUACCAUGGAAACUUCAUGCUAAGGUCUACUGACCUGCUUGCUCUUCCUGCUGUUGACUGUGACAAAGCAUAUGCAAUGCAGCUGACUCUGGAAGAGACAUUGCUAACAACCCCGACGGUGUAUUUCCAAGUCGCCUUACUAUAUACUGCUUCUUGCGGAGAGAGGCGUAUAAGGGUACACACAGCAGUUGCGCCAGUGGUUACGGAUCUCGGAGAGAUGUAUAGACAAGCAGACACCGGUUCCAUUGUCUCUGUAUAUACUAGAUUAGCAAUUGAGAAAACUUUGUCCGGAAAAUUGGAUGAUGCAAGAAAUGUUAUACAACAAAAGAUUGUGAAAGCUCUCAGAGAGUAUCGGAAUCUGCACUCGGUGCAGCACCGGUUGGGGUCUAGAUUAAUAUACCCGGAGUCUCUGAAGUUCUUGCCAUUGUACGGAUUGGCAAUUUGUAAGUCCACUCCUCUUCAAGGUGGACCUGCUGAUGCUUCACUUGACGAGCGCUGUGCGGCAGGCUUCACCAUGAUGUCUCUGCCUGUCAAAAAGCUAUUGAAACUGUUAUAUCCCAAUGUAUUCCGUGUUGACGAGUGGCUCUUAAAGCCAUCAGCAGAUCUUGAUGACCUUAAGGACGUACUAAAGAGAUUGCCUCUGGCUGCAGAAAAUUUGGAUUCUAGAGGCCUUUACAUUUAUGAUGAUGGUUUUCGAUUGGUUUUGUGGUUUGGCCGAAUGCUUUCACCUGAUAUUGCUAAAAAUCUUCUUGGGGCUGACUUUGCAGCAGAGCUCUCGAGGGUAACACUGCAAGAGCAAGAGAAUGGGAUGUCGAAGAAGCUGAUGAGGCUGAUAAAGAAAGUGAGGGAGAAUGAUCAGUCAUAUCAUCCCAUGUGUUUCCUAGUGAGGCAAGGAGAACAACCCCGAGAAGGCUUCCUUUUCCUCCGAUAUCUCAUUGAGGACCAGAUGGGUGGUUCCACUAGUUACGUUGAUUGGAUUCUGCAAAUUCACCGCCACGUCCAACAAAAUGCGUGAUAGCUCACAAUGGUAAGAAACCUUCAGUUCCAUGUCAUAUCAAUACAUACCCUUGAUUUUUCUUCAUUUGUUUCAUGUACAACUUCUCUCAAGUGCAGGCUUUUAUUUGGCUUAACCAGAAUGUGUUUUGUCCUAAAGAUUAGAUGUUUUGUUUUUCUUUCUAUUUUUUUUUCUUGUGGUCUGUUAACAAUCUAUCUUACUCAGGGAUAUUAACAAGAUGGCUUCUGUUGAUAGUA